GCCCAGGCGCGGUUACCUCUGCCGCCAAGGUUGUUUGAUCUUUUCGUGAGCGAGCUGCUAGCCCGUCCGAGGGUCCAGAACGGGAGCCUGACCGAGUGUCUGGCGCGACGCCAUGGAAGUAGUGGAGGCCGCCGCUGCUCAGCUGGAAACUCUGAAAUUCCACGGCGCCGGCUUUGGGGUGGGCCAAGGUCAGGAGGUGCCGUCUCCUGGCCCUAUUCCUAUCCCGGAGCCACGGCAGCCACUACAGUCGGAGGAGGGGUCCCCGGACACUGGGCAGGCCGCGGAGGCUCAGCCUGCCGGGGGGCAGCCGCCUCCGCUCGCGCCGAGCCUUGCGGCCGGCGGGAACCUCGCGCCGCAGUCGCAGCCGGAACCUCCACCCGGAGGGAACUGCGUCACCGGCCCGGGCGCUGCGGAGCUGGCGCGGACCCCAGACUCCCCGGAGACCUCGGACUCGGAUUCGGACUCGGACAGUGAAACAGAUUCCGAUAGUUCAAGCUCCUCCUCUUCCUCAUCAUCUUCCUCAACAUCUUCCUCUUCCUCUCAUAUAUCACUUCCUCCAGUGCUGUCAGAUGGAGAAGAUGAUUUACAAGCUGAGAAGGAAAAUAAGAAUUUUCCUCUUAAAACAAAAGAUGAGUUACUUCUUAACGAACUACCUUCUGUUGAAGAACUCACUAUUAUUCUGCCUGAAGAUAUUGAAUUAAAGCCCCUUGGGAUGGUUUCAAGUAUUAUUGAACAAUUAGUAAUAAUUGAAUCUAUGACUAACUUACCUCCAGUUAAUGAGGAGACUGUAAUUUUUCAAAGUGAUCGACAGGCAGCAGGAAAGAUAUUUGAGAUAUUUGGACCUGUUGCACAUCCGUUUUAUGUGUUACGGUUUAAUUCUUCAGAGCACAUUGAGAGUAAAGGUAUUAAAAUAAAGGAUGCUAUGUAUUUUGCUCCAUCAAUGAAAGACUUCACUCAAUAUAUCUUCACAGAAAAACUGAAACAGGAUAGGGGAUCAGAUGCAUCAUGGAAGAAUGAUCAGGAACCACCACCAGAUGCCUUAGAUUUCAGUGAUGAUGAAAAGGAAAAAGAAGCCAAACAGAGGAAAAAAUCUCAGAUUCAAGGCAGGAAAAAAUUCAAAUCUGAAUUUAGUGAAUCAGGUGAAGAUUUUGCAGAAAUACAUCAGAAUUGGAAUGCUCAUAGCUCUUCUUCAGAGCAUUCAAAAGGAUAUCGCAACAGAGAAUUCACACGAGGAUUUUCCCGGGGUAGAUAUCCUCGACCUGGCCAUGGCAGGCUCCCACCUCCACAGUUUUAUAACUCAGAACAUAUGGUCCCUCAGGAGACUUCGGGAUUUCCACCUCAGAGACAAGAUAAUCCCAUCAUGCCGCAGUAUCCCUUUCCUCCUCCAGUGUUUGACAUGCAUAAUUUUUCACUCCCUCCUCCUCCACCACCACCUCCACCACCUGCAUCUGGAAACAUGGGUUGGGCUGCACCUGGCAUGGCGCCUCAUCCGUUACUUCCCUUACCAUACUCCAUACCUCCACCUCCUCCCCCUCCACCCCUGCCUCCGCACCCCUCUUCUGGAGAGAGUAGUUCUUCUCAUUUUGGACCUUACUAUUAGGUGAACGAACGUAUGCAUUUCCAGAGAAAUGUGGACUUUUUAUAUUAUAUGAGAAGGAUUUUUUUUAAAAAAAGAAAGGAAUUAUGGAGCUAGAUUUUUAAAACAUUGUAAAAUACUAAAUGAUUCGUUCAAUUGUAAGUUGAUAUAUGUAUUUGUAACCUUUGUGAAAUUGUAUCCAUAUGAAAAUUUCACUUCAAAUUCUUUGGGAGGGAUUCUAUUAUGUAAUAUUUAAUUAAA